UCUCAAAUGAACAAAAAAACAUGCAAACUUCCAAAAAAAAUUUCUCACAAUGGACCCCAGAUCCGAAAUCAAGGUCGAUUACGCUCCUCUCUUCCGCAUAUACAACAACGGCCGCAUCGACCGCUUCACCGGCAACACCAAAACCCCGGCCGGCUUCGACCCGGUCACGAACGUCACCUCAAAAGACGUCACCGUCGACUCCACCACCGGGGUCUCAGCCCGUCUCUACCUUCCGACUUUCUUGAAGACGAGGAGGCUCCCGAUCCUUGUUUAUUACCACGGCGGGGUGUUCUGCGUCGAAUCUGCUUCUUCUCCUCCCUACCACUUCUUCCUCAAUUUGCUCGUGUCACGAGCGAACAUCGUCGCCGUGUCGGUUGACUAUCGCCUCGCUCCUGAGCACUUGAUACCCGCCGCGUAUGAUGAUUCGUGGGCCGCGCUGAAGUGGGCGCUUGGCUCGGGUUCGGACGCUUGGUUGAGGGAUUAUGGUGAUUUUGAACGCGUGUUUUUGGCGGGAGAUAGUGCGGGGGGCAACAUCACACACAACAUGGCAAUGAGAGCGGGAGCCGAAGGAAUAGCAUUAGAAGGCAUACAAUUAGUCCACCCGUUCUUCUGGGGAACCGAACGUAUCGGUUCAGAAACGAUGUUAAAGGCCGGCACUGUCAAAUUCAUCGCAAACCUUUGGACGGCGGUGACCACACCAGACGUUGGGCCAGACGAUCCAAGAUUCAAUCCAAUAGCGAAGAGUUCGCCGAGCUUGAAGGGGCUGGGAUGCAGGAGAGCCAUGGUUUGCGUGGCGGAUUGCGAUCGGCUGGCCGAGAGAGGGAGGGCGUAUUGUGAAGUGCUGAGGGGGAGCGGGUGGAAAGGGGAAGUGGAGCUGGUUGAGAGCAAAGGAGAGCAUGUUUUUCAUUUGAAGAGUCCCGAGGGUGAGGAAGCUUUGGCGCUUUUAAAGAAGAUGGUUGAGUUCUUUACGCGGGGGCGGGGCCAGGAUUUCAAAUCCAAUCUUUAAUCAUUGGAGUGGAAACAAAAAUUCCUGUUUUUUUAAAAAAUAUGGAUUUUAAAUGGUUAAAAUUGUAAUGUAAUGUUUGUAAGGCUGUGUUCAGUUAUAAGCAGUUGAAACAAGAAGUAUUUACAACAUGGUUCCUAGUAAGCAUUGUCGAAGCAUUCUUCAAUUGGAAUGCAGUGGCAAUUAGUAUGAAGUUCCAACCACUCCCACCCAUAUACAACGUGAAGUGUUUAAUAGU